GUUUCUGUGAUUUGGCAGCUUUCGCAGAUUUGGCGAGUGCAUGGUCUCGUCAACUUUCAUGGUGUGAAGAGCGUACAACGAACUUUGAGCACAUGCCCACUAAAAUCUAUCUAUCAUGGACCUGUCCUCCGCAGUUAGUUUGGCUGGCACUGUUGUCUGACUCUGAUAGCCUCAAUGAGCUUGUGUCGGAUUGUUCAGAUCUCUCCGAUGAUUUACUUGACGUCUCAAAGGCCUUUCAGGCUAAGACACCCUCAAGGCGCGAGGCUUCCAAGGUGGUGCUGAAGCACUUCUGUGAGGCCGACGAGAUCGAGCACAUGCUAACUUGGUUGAGCGAACAGAGUGCCUUGCUUGAUCGGCGAGCUCAACAUGUCUACCUUUCUGAUAUCAGGCAAAAGCUUGACGUUCAAUGCAGAGUAUCACUUGAUAUCGAGAUUUCGACACAACUCAAGCAACUCUUCACGCUGUCCAAUGACAUAAUUACAACGCACGAGAGAGGAUUAUACGCGAGCGCCUCAGGCUGAGAGAAUCGAUGAUCACUACGAGCAAGGUCGCACUCACCUCCGAACACAUCAUCGAGUGGAAUUUGAGCCGGGCGAUGCAGUUACCGCAGAAUACCUUGAACAUUUAAGGCCGAGGCACGCCACAGCUUAGAAGUUUGGCAUAUGGUUCAAAGGGUGCCCAAUUCAGUCUCCCACGUACUUGGCAAGCCCGGCAGCACAAAGUCGAUACUGACGAAGCACCCUUUCGAGUCACGA